GUGUUUAGUGUAACGAAAAAAAAAAAUGGGAAACCUCAAGUCUCUCGCUCUCUUGGCUUUGCUCUUUUCUCUCUCCCUCGCUGUAUUUGCGGACACAUCCAACGCUAAAGAUGAAGUGAAGCCAAGUACUGAAGCAAGCGAUGCCAUAGAGCCGCAACAACGUGAACCUAAACCCGAGAUCGAGGAAGCCCAAGUCGAGGCCAAUGACGCUGUUGUAGAGCCCCAGCAAAUCUGGGGUGGUGGUUGUAGGUUCGGAUGUUGCGGUGGGUGGUGGUAUGGAGGGUGCAUAUACUGCUGCAUGAGUCAAGCCGAGGCCAAGGAAGUUGUGAAAACUGUUGAGCCCCAACAACGCCGUGGAUGUAGGCACGGUUGCUGUGGAAGCUAUGCAUAUGGACAGUGCAGUGCUUGUUGUUCCAAGAAGAUAAUGGCCACGGAGAAAGAGAAGAAGAAGGAAGAAGCUAAGCCAUGAUUUGGCAUGUAACACAAACUCUCUAUGUUUGUAUGCAUGCAAUGUAGACUUAUGUAGACUUAUUAUCCUAAAAAUUAAGAAUAAAUAAUAACUGCUUCUACUAUAAAAUCAUUAUUCAAGG